AUGCCCACCAUUUUGGAGUCUGUCCUGGACUUCUGGGUGGCCCACUGCAUGCUGCCUGGUGCUCUUCAGAUACAGCCCAGCAAGGGUUCCCAGUCCCUCUCCCCCUCCUGUCUCCAGACCAGAGAGCACUGUCCCUUCCCUUUGCUGCAGCAGCAAGGGAGCACUGGAAAAAGAAGCGGGCAAGACUACUGGGAAAACGGUGACAAGCUAUUCCGCUGUCGGGAAGGAGCAGUGCUCUCAAACAGCUGUGUGUGCAAGGCACUGCAGCAGGUCUGCAUGUGCCUCCCUUGGGUGCUGUCCCCAAGCAAUGGGGUGGUGCUGGCCACCUCCAGCCAGUGGCCCAGUGUCAAGGAGGAAGCCUCGGCCACGGGGCAGCAGUUCCAAAGCUGGGCACAGCAGAUGAUCCUGAGGUACCCCGGACACCACAGGGUGCAGAUGGCGUCUUCUUCCUGGGAGAGGAAACGUUGCAGCUCAGAGCUGGACAAAGCAGCAGCUUUUCUCCCCAGCCUUGUUUCUAGCGACUACCUCGGGACCAGCUUUCAGGCAGUCCACGGAGUGCUGCUCUUUGCAGAUAUUUCAGAUUUCACCUCUUUGACAGAGCACUGUAUCUGGAAGGGUGGUUCACAGAGAGGCACUGAUGAGUUGGCGGAAGACCUCAAUCACUACCUGUGUGACGUUUUGGAGGACAUGCUGACUCUUGGAGGUGACAUCUUGAAGUUUGCUGGGGAUGCUGUGCUGCUGCUGUGGAGAGCAAGACCCAGUGAGAUGGCCAAGACCAUCAGCCUUGUGGUGCACUGUAGCUGGCAGAUCCAGAAGAAGUACCGGAGGCAUGACAUGCUCGUGGGUCAGAAAUUCCGACUUAAGAUAGGGAUCUCUGCAGGGAAUAUGCACCACCUGAGGUUUGGAGACGAGAGGCAGCAGUACUUCUGUGUCAUUGGCAAGGCCCUGGAGGAUGUCUGUGAGGCCGAAAAGCUUGCGGAAGCAGGUGAAAUUGUCCUCUCAGCCUCCUGCUGGGAGCUAUGUGAGAAGCACAGGCUCAGAACCAGCCAUAUUGCGGGCAAAACAGCUGUGAAGGUUACGGGCAUGAACCAGAUGUCUCUGUCGGAAUGCCAAAAUGUUUUAGACAAGCUUCCACAGAAGGAGAAGUGCUGCUUCACGGAAAACGAAUAUGCUGUCAGGCCUGCUCUUUUCUUGAACCCUGAUACUGAUGUGGGAGACAUACUUAGUUACAUCCCAAAAGCUGUUCUCAGGAAGCUUGAAGACAGAGUGCCGCAGGACUUCCUCUGUGAGCUACGGCCAGUCACCAUCCUCUUCCUCCACCUGAAUUUUGAUACAAAGGACAUAGUAUCUUUCCGCAGUGUCCUCAGUGAAGUCAGCAGCCUGAUGCAGGAAAUCGUCUGUCCUCACAAGGGUGAAGUGAACAAAGUCUUCCUGUUUGACAAAGGCUGUACAUUCCUUUGUGUGUUCGGACUCCCUGGAGUAAAGCUGGCCCAUGAGAGCAUUCAUGCCUUGCAGAGUGCUUUUCAGAUCUUCAACUCGUGCUCCAAGAUCAUUGCAAAAACAGGGACAGUGUCUGUGUCUGUUACCAGUGGGAUGGCGUUCUGUGGCCUCAUUGGCCACCCUCUGAGGCACGAGUACACAGUCAUUGGCCAGAAGGUGAACUUGGCAGCCCGGAUGAUGAUGAGCUACUCUGGGCUGGUGACCUGUGAUACCACAACCUGUGCCAGCUCUGGGCUGCCCUCUUGCUACUUCAAGGAGCUGCCGGAGAGAAAGAUGAAAGGCUUCAAACAUCCUGUCACUGUCUAUCAAUAUGUGGGGAUCACCACCAACAGCAUAUUUGGCAUGGCUCUUGCCAUGAAGAUGCCAGAGAACGCCUCCUUGCUGGGUCGGAAGAAGGAGAUUGACCUCUUUGUCAACUGCUUGGAAGCCUCUAACCGUUUUGGACAAAGACACAUACUGGCAUUUGAGGGCGCAAGGGGCGCUGGGAAGAGCCAAUUACUUAAUCACCUGUCCCAGUUAGGCCAGUCUGCUGGCUGCAGGGUAUUUGGCAUGGAACUGCUAGAGGUCAACGUGAGGCAGUCCUUCUCUGCCAUGCGUAUUCUGAUGGCCAGGGUGAUGGGCCUCCAUGAGUGUGAAUCGUGCAGUGCCAGGGAGCACGUGCUACGGACAAAUCUCAACGGGAUAAUCGAAGAGAGCAACUACUGCCUCCUCAAUGACAUCUUCCUUGUCAAGUUUCCCAUUUCAGACAAGGUUCGCCAAAUGCAUGAAAUGCAAAGGAAAGAGGAAUUGCAUUCAACCUGGGCAAAAGUGCUAGAGAAGACCAUUGACAGAAAUGCCAUAUUUGUCAUCGACAAUGCCCAUUUCAUUGACCCCGCCUCCUGGAGUAUCAUGGCACCUCUGCUCUGGAACAUCUCUGUCUUCAUGGUCAUGAGCUUAUGUCCCGGCUUUGCAAGAACCGAGAGCUUUCACAAAGCCACAGCAAACAACCUGAUGUCCCAUAAAAUCAUCUGCUUUCAACUAGAGAAGCUGAAACCUUCAGCUGUGGUGCAGAAGCUCUGCCAGGACCUUGGAGUGGUCAGCAUCCCUAGGGCUUUAGUGAGGUUCCUGGUCCAAAGAAGCUUGGGGAUCCCGUAUUACUUGGAGGAGCUGGUGCACUUCCUUCGUUGCAACGACAUGCUCUUGUUCCGCACCAAGAAGUGGGGUGAAAAAGCAGAGGACAGCUGGGAGAACCUGAACACUUUUGCAGUCUUGGAGUCAUCCCUCACAGCAAGCUCAAGGUCCAGAGCAGGGGCUGCGGCCAUGAUCUGCAUUGUAAGGCCAGGCGUGAACCUGGACAGCACCAUGCUGCCCAGUAACUUGAAAGAGAUUGUGCUGGCUCAGCUGGACGAGAUCACCCCACUGGAGCAGACUGUUUUGAAGUUUGCAGCCAUCAUCGGGCCGGUGUUCACUACCCAGCUGCUGUCAUACAUUCUUCCGAUUAGAAUGAGGCACAAGAUGACUACCUUGUUGGACAGUCUAGUGAGUGACAACAUCCUCAAGUGGACGGAGAGCACUGAGGAGCCAGAAGACGUCCAAGAUCCUAGCAAGGAGCCAGCCACCCCUCCGCAGGCAGAGAUUGGUGUGGAGAUCUCCCCCCCAAGCAAGCAGAGUGUGGGGUGUCCAUUUGGUGUGCUGAUGUUCCAUAAGCCGCUGCUGCGGGAGGCUGCCUACGAGCUGUGGGUCCAGAAACAGCGGGUCACCCUGCACUCCAAGUGUGCUGCCUUCCUGGAGCGGUAUGCACACAAAUGCCAGAGCUGCGGCCAAGGGGACUUUAUUGUCUUCCACCGCUUCGCUGUCAGCAGCACCCAGGACAAAGGGAGCUGUAAGGACUUUGAUGAUGGGGAUGACCCACACACCUGGAAGGCCUUGGUGCUGGCUGGAAAACAGCUGAAGAAGGAGAGGUUUUACAUCUCUGCAGGUAUUACAGAUACUCAGGAGGAGCAGGAGCAGCAGCAGCAGCAAGCUUUUGUGGAAGAGGAUUUUGGUGCGACUGACAGAGAGGACAACAAUGCGCUCUCAUGUGACUGCAAAGGCAUCGUGGAGUCAGUGCUUGUGCCAUUGGUUCACCACUACACAACACUGGGCAAUGCUGCCAGAGCCUUUUACUAUCUUCUGGAGACUGCAGCUGCCUACCUGCAUGUCUCCAACUACUACAUGGCCCUCAGGAAGCUGAGCGAAGCAGAUAUCCUGAGGAACUCUCUAAAGAGUAAAGCGAAUGUGAUAUCCCGCUUUGAAGAUGCCACCUUCUUCAGCCUCAAAGGGGAGGUCUGCUAUGGUGUGGGACGCACAGAGCUGGCAAAGAAAAUGAUCAGAAAGGCUUUGAGCCUGCUUGGAAGGCCAUUUCCCCGGAACCGCGCUGAAGACUUUGUCAGGUCGCAGGUUGAAAAAUUGCAGUGUGCCGCUUAUGUUGCCAGAAGAGCAUCUUCCCUUCCACAGAAGGCCCAGAAGAAGAAGCUCGCCUGGCUGCUGCGGCAGAGCCGCUGUCUUUCCUUACUGGAGCACCUCUUCAGGCUGGAGGGCACUUCUGCUGGAUGGAGGCUGUCCUGCCUGGCAGCGCGCAUGAGGGCCAGCACAGACAGGGCAGUGGACUUGUAUCUGUCAGCAGCCUGCACGAGCUAUGAUGCUGGCUUGGAAAUGAUCAUAUAG